GCAAAAACCCUAUCCCAUUUCUACCCUAAUAAGAAAACCUCCAAACCUAUAGAGGAGCAGCCGUCCAGUACUCCAUUAGCAGCCAAGCCCGCGGCCUCCGACAGAAAUCUCGUCUUCGCCAAGACUUCGAAAAAGAAGAAAUGGGUAUUGAUUUGAAAGCCGGCGGCAAAGUUAAGAAGACUAAGCGUACCGCCCCCAAAUCUCAUGACAUCUACCUCAAGCUCCUAGUCAAGUUGUACCGAUUUUUGGUGAGGAGGACAGGGAGCAGGUUCAAUGCUGUACUGCUGAAGAGGUUGUUCAUGAGUAAGACCAAUAAGCCUCCUCUGUCACUCUCCAGGCUUGUCAAGUUCAUGGAAGGAAAGGAGGACAAAAUUGCAGUGCUUGUUGGAACAGUAACUGAUGAUACUAGAGUGUGCGAAGUGCCAACUUUGAAGGUGGCUGCUUUGAGGUUCACAGAGAGGGCCAGAGCAAGAAUUGAGAAGGCUGGAGGAGAGUGCUUGACCUUUGAUCAGUUGGCCCUGAGGGCUCCUCUUGGUCAGAACACGGUUUUACUUAGAGGUCCAAAGAAUGCACGCGAGGCCGUGAAACAUUUUGGCCCAGCUCCCGGUGUGCCUCAUAGCCACACCAAACCAUAUGUUAGGUCCGCGGGUAGGAAAUUUGAGAGAGCUAGGGGAAGAAGAAAUAGCAGAGGCUUUAGAGUUUGAAGGGGUGUGUCUCCUUGUUUUGGUGGUGCUAUCUAUAGCCGAACUGGCAAUUUUUGCGAGACAAUUUUGUCAUACUUCAUGUUUUGGAGACAAUCAGUUAGCUUUUCUGUUGUUACCUUAUUGUUGAAUUAGAAAUUCUGAACAUGCGGCAAUGUUUUCUUUUUUCUUUAAUCCCAUUCUUGUUUUCUAGCA